UUUUUCUGUCCAUACAACCAAGUUCCAAAUGACAAAACAUUGAAAUAUUGAUAAAAACAGGAGUAUUAUCAACAUUCCUGUCACCAAAAGCACUCCCAUGCUUUACAGGCCCACAGUGAUUGGGAGGGGGGCAUCAAUCGAUCCGGCUUGAGUAGACCUUUCAUUUGAUACCCUGCAUGUCUAUAUAUCUCCAACGGAUCGGCCACAAAAUGGCAAAAAACACCAUGUGUUCUCAAGCGGCAUGUUUCCUCUCUGCAGAAAAGACGACAGCAGGCAGGCAGCUUGCAGGUAUUGCGCAAUAAUCAAGAUGACGCCCGCUUAGACUCGGAGCAACAACACUGGCGGAUUUCGGAGUUAAAACGGCGAAAAAAAAAAAAGUAAUAUAGUAUCAGUAAUAUCGCCCAGAGCACCAUUGCCCAGGUACCUGGGGCGUCUGUUUUCAAAUGUUCUGUUUGAGUCACAAUGAACGAAUGAAUUCAUGGAGUCCAGUGAUACCUACAAAUAUCAAAAAUAUGUUUUUAAAAACAUACCUAUGACUGAGGGACUGCUACAACAUUAAUGUGAUGAACAAAUGAAUGCAUCAGUGUUUAUAAUCCAAUACCAUAUUAUUCUGACAUGGGCCAUAAUGAGUACUUUUACUUACUGGUACUUUAAGUAUAAUUUUAUGCCACUACUUACUACUUAAGUAUAUUUUUGUUGUUUUUUGCAAAAUCACUAAAAGCAAAUUAGAAACAGUGAAGAUGGGUUCUUAUUACAGGACCUUGUGGCUCUUUAUUAUUUUACCAACAUUGUUGGUUUCACCUUCAAAAAAUUCAUCAUACGUUUUGGCCUCAGUGGGAAAAUAAGUGAGUUUUCCUUCUCAGAUUGUUGUAGACCUGAAUGUUUAAGCAUAUUUUAUCAGUAUUUCAGGGAGUAAAAACGGUUUUACCCCGGGGGCCCAUAACAGUUCACUGUGGCCCUUCCCAAUAGAAUCCUGUUUCUCCACUGAGACUUAUGCAGAAUUUGAUGGGUGUGUGUGAACAGCGCCGCCCCGUACGACAUGACCCCUCCUUACAUUAAGUUGUGUCCUUUGUUAUUUACUGUUUAUGCUGUUUCACAUUCUGCUGAUCAAUGAGCUGCUUUCACUUAAAGAGGAGAGGAAUAAAAGUUACUCUGAGGGAAAAUUUAUUGUUGUAUUUGGUUAUUUUUUGAUGAAUUGACGGUUGUGAACUGCUCAGGUUUCACUUAUAUGUUGAAUCUCUGUUCUGUAAUGAGCUUUAAUGUUUUUACAUCAUGUUUAUACAGUCUAUAAUCGAUUGUAAAUGUUAAAUGCAACUAAUGACAUCAAAUAUUUCUUUCCUUUUUAAUUGUUCAGGUUAGACCUGAGAAGGAAUUAUAGAAACAUUUAAAUUCAUUUUUAUAUAUAACGUUGUCAUACUGAUGAUAUUUACUGGAUAAAUACAGAAAGUUUUAGACAGAAACUGUAAAUUAUUGCGUGGUAUUUUUUGUGAAAUUUUAUUUCACUUUUUGUGUACUGUGUGCUCUUGUUCUUCUUGAUCCCUAAGGGUACAACAUUUAUUCAAAAUAAUAAUUUGAUAAGUGAGAAUCACUUUAUGUAACCUUAUGUAAAAAAACAUUGCUAUUUUCUUGUGAAACAGUGGACAGUUUCAAGUCUUUGUGCCAAUUAUAUGUAUUAAUUAUUACAUGUUGAGAAGGAAAAAUCACUCUUCAUUACACUUUAAGUGUUCACAGCAUAGAGUAAUAUUAGAGUUUUGAUCAGCCUAAUUUGUUCAGUUGUGGGGUCACAAAUCAGAAAAAUAUGUUUAAAAAGAAGGAAGAGCAGCUGUCAGAGUGAGAAGACUAUGUCACCAAAACGCUCACUUUUCUGCUAACUUUCAGCUUUGUGAAGCUUUUAAAUAGUUUAUUUAGCUGAAGUAGCAGCAGAGGACUGACAGGACCAGACCACCAGAUACAAAGAGUUUUGGGCCCCUGAGAUCCCAGCUGUUAAAACCCACCCAACCUGCUGGAGCCCACCUGCAGCUCAGGCCUGUUUGGCAUCCCAACCUGACCUACCACACCACCCCCCCAACCUCAUUUUGAGGCAUAAAAGCAGGCGACAUCCCAGCAGCUCUUCACUCUCUGCUCAGAGCCGACGACCAGCCGACCCUCAGCCAUGACCUCCUUCUCCAGCCGCAGCAGCUACAUGUCCUCCCCCGUGAGGAGCUCCGUCAUUAUGGCCCCCUCCAUGUUCUCCUCCUCCUGUAUGGGUAGCAUGAGGGCCGGCAGCGUGUACGGAGGAGCCGGAGGAUCUGGAGUCCGUAUCUCCAAGGCCUCAUUCUCCUCCUCCAGUGCUGGCGGUGCCUUCAAGCUGAGCGACACCAUGGACGUCUCUGUCAGCGAGAAGGCCACCAUGCAGAACCUCAACACCCGCCUGGCCACCUACCUGGAGAAGGUGCGCAGCCUGGAGAAGGCCAACGCCGAGCUGGAGCUGAAGAUCAGAAAGUUCCUGGAGAGCAAAGCUGCGCCGGAGGCUCACAACUUCAGCAGCUUCAACGUCCAGAUCAAAGACCUGCAGGACCAGAUCCAGUCCGCUGCUCGUGGAAAUACCGCCCUUGUCCUCACCAUUGACAACGCCAACUUGGCCAGGGACGACUUCAAAGUCAAGUUCGAGAACGAGCUGAUCAUGCGUCAGUCAGUGGAGGCCGACAUUUGUGGCCUGAGGAAGGUCUUGGACCAGAUGACUCUGAGCCGGGCUAACCUGGAGAUACAGGUGGAGAGUAUGACGGAGGAGCUUAUCUUCCUCAAGAAGAACCACCAGGAGGAGCUGCUGGCGAUGCGAGCUCAGAUGGGCGGUCAGGUGAACGUGGAGGUGGAUGCGGCUCCAGCAGAGGACCUCAAUAAGGUCAUAGAGGAGGUCAGGAAGCACUACGAAGCCACUGUUGCCAAAAGCCGCAAAGAACUGGAGGCGUGGUUCAAUGCAAAGACAGAAGACCUUCACAAAGAAGUCGCUAUCAGCACAGAAACCCUCCAGUGGUCCAAAUCCGAGACCACACAGCUCAGCCGAACGCUGCAGAGCCUGGAGAUCGAGCUGCAGUCCCAGCUCAGCAUGAAAGCGUCGUUGGAGGCCACCCUGAAUGAGACUCAGAACCGGUACACCAUGCAGCUGACGGGUUACCAGAACCAGGUGACCAUGCUGGAGGAUCAGCUGACGCAGCUGAAGGCCGAGCUGGAGAGGCAGUCCCAGGAGUACCAGAUGCUGCUGGACAUCAAGACCAGGCUGGAGAUGGAGAUCGCCGAGUACAGGAGGCUGCUGGAUGGAGAGGCCAGCGGCAGCUUGACCAUCUCAUCCUCAUCCUCCACUUCCUCCUCCACCAUCACCACCACACAGAAAAUAAUUACCAUCGUCGAGGAGGUGGUGGAUGGAAAGGUGGUGAGCUCCUCCCAGGAGACCAUCAAUCAGACUCUGUGAUCACCAGCAGGGGGCACUCUUAACAGGAAAAAAAACACAUAAAAGUCUCCUGAGGUUUUUCAAACUAAAACGCUGUCUGCUGUGUCUUCUGUGUUUGAAGUUGCACUUCCUCUAAUGGCCACUGGCUGCUGCUGCUGGACUGAACGGUUAUGAGGUGCAGGAUUAAGUUACAGUUACGAAUUCAUAUUUUCAAAAUGAUUCUUUCAUGAAAUUAACACUAAUGUUUGGGGUUAAGAACUGGAACAAUAAAACAGAACAGAAUGGGUGCAUCCCAAGUUUCUUAAUUGCAUCCACGUUUCCCUCACUUGUGUCCCUACAAAGUGUC